UAAACAGAGAAAAUUCACGUGGAAUUUUAGCAAAUCCACCAAAAGGGACAAAAUGAGUGAAGGUGGCCGCAUUCUUGCACAGUUCAAGAGUGAGCUUGGAGAGCUCAUUGGUACACCAUUUGACCUUCCUCUUGAUAUUACUCCUGAUAAAUUAGAAUUAGUUUGCAAUGCAGUGCUGCAAAAGGAUGAAAGCGUACCUUACUCUUUCUAUGUGAAUGAGUCAGAAAUUACAGGCAGUCUCAAGGAAACAUUAGAAACCCAAACAUUAGAAACAGAGAAAGUUGUAGAGAUUGUGUAUCAACCCCAGGCUGUAUUUAAAGUUCGAGCUGUGACAAGAUGCACCAGCACAAUUCCAGGUCACUCUGAGGCUGUCAUUUCAGUGUCAUUUAGUCCUGGUGGCAGAUAUUUGGCAAGUGGUUCAGGAGACACAACUGUUCGGUUUUGGGAUGUGAACACAGAAACACCUCAUUUUACUUGUAAAGGCCAUACACACUGGAUUUUACAUAUAGCGUGGUCUCCAGAUGGGAAGAAGUUAGCUUCUGGCUGUAAAAAUGGUGAGAUUAGAAUAUGGAACCCUGUUGAUGGAAAGCAAAUAGGAAAGACUUUGAAAGGUCAUUUGCAGUGGAUUACUUGGCUCAGCUGGCAACCACUUCAUAGUAAUCCUGAAUGUAGGUUUUUGGCAAGUUCAUCAAAAGAUACAACUAUCAAAAUAUGGGAUUGCAUCCUCAGUCAGUUGAUAAGAACAUUAUCAAGCCAUACCAAGUCAGUGACAUGUAUCAAGUGGGGAGGGGAGGGGCUUAUUUACUCCUCCUCUCAGGACAGAACAAUUAAAGUGUGGAGGGCAGAUGAUGGAGUUUUGUGUAGAACAUUGCAGGGUCAUGCGCAUUGGGUGAAUCACUUAGCACUGAAUACAGACUAUGCUUUAAGAACUGGUGCAUUUGAUCCAUCAAAAGGCUCAAGUGAUGAAUUAGUUACAGCAGAAAAUGAUACACUGAAAGAGAGAGCAUUGCAAAGAUACACGCAUGCAAAGGGAGGAAGAAGAGAGCGAUUGGUUUCAGGCUCUGAUGACUUCACUCUAUUUCUUUGGGAUCCAGAGGAAAGCAAAAAACCUCUAGCCCGCAUGACAGGUCACCAAGCUCUAAUAAAUCAAGUCAGCUUUUCUCCUGAUGGUCGCAUGAUAGCAAGUGCCUCAUUUGAUAAGUCAGUUAAAAUCUGGAAUGGUGACAGUGGAAAGUACAUCACAUCUCUUCGUGGACAUGUGAACUCUGUAUAUCAGAUUGCUUGGUCAGCGGACAGCCGACUUCUUUGCAGUGGAAGUGCAGACAGCACCCUAAAGGUGUGGGAUUUGAAAACAAAGAAAAUCAUGGAGGAUCUUCCUGGUCACGCAGACGAGGUUUACAGUGUCGACUGGAGCCCAGAUGGUACCAGAGUUGUAAGCGGUGGAAAAGACAAAGUCCUGAAAAUGUGGAGAUCUUAAAGAAGAAAGACAGCG